AUGGACUUUUUGGAAUCGCAAUACCUUUUGGAAAAUCGGAAGAUGAAAGAAAACAACUGGCUAUCUAUCUUGUGUGUCCUUGGUGCUAUCCAUGAUGAGGUACUGACAAAAGUAGCCUUUUGUCUAACUUGGGUUACUUGCAAACCACCUCAGAGUUCAUGAUGUCAGCUCAAAGCCUCCGUAUCUUUUGCUGAACCAUUUUCCUCUCAUUUUGAAAAUAUACCAAGAGAACUGGUUGGUAAUGUUCUGGAGGAACUGGAGCUUUCUAUGAUGUUGCUGGAAGCCUGGCCUGAAGAGGGACAGAGUGAUGUUGGAUUUGAAUUGCCCAGGCGUCAUCAUUUAAAAAAACACCUGGAAACAUAUAAAAUGUUGUGUUUGGAAUUGAUUCGUUAUCAAAGUAAUGUUAAAGAAGAACCGGCAGCUGGAGAAGCUGUUGAAUACUGGAAGAAAUGUGAAACUGGAUUAAAUCUGUCUGGAAUUACAUGGGAAAUCUGGACAGAUAUUUUUAUGGAUACUCCAUUUCAGCAACAUGAUAAUUUGAAUGUUGCUUUAGAAAGCUGCCACAGUGAAUAUGAUGUGGGCAUUUUUCCAGGCUUAAUUGCUUCCAAACCCUCUCAUGAGAGCUUUGUGGUAUCAAAAUCCCAAGAUAACACACACCUUAGGUCGGUCCAGCACAGAACAGUAGAUGGUGUCGUGGCUGCUGAAUCUGACCAGGUGAUUGUAGCAUCUGCACUCACUGGAGCUCCUCUGACCAUCACAGACAGUGAGAUUACUGGAGCUCAGGACUCUGGAGUUGAGCUGUACCCAAGAAGCACAUCCAACUUAGAGAGUUACAACAUUCAUCACUGCAAUAGUACUAGAACCAGAGAGACCUCAUAUAACAAAAAGUCCACACCAGCAGAAAGGGUUGUGGAGUUUACUGCAUCAGACCAUGCAGAAGAUGAUACAUGCUCCAAAUUAAUCCCAGAUUUAAGUUUGGAGAUGAAUACUGAUACACUUGAUGAUAUCAAAGAUAGCUCUGUAAUUCACAGCUGGAUACCUAAGCUUCAUGUAGCAUUUGGCUUUUAG